CCUGYMCUAGAGGUGGAGRCUGUCCCUACAGCCAGGUUUGGGAAUGGUCCCUGAGAGGGUCUGGCACUCCCUCACUGUCAGAAUUGCUGCACUGGGAGGGUUCUGUGCUGCUUCUCCCAGUGUCUGCUGUGGGCUGACUUGGGAAUACAGAACUUCCUGGGAAGUGCCACUGCUUUCCCUCCAGCAGCUCUCUGGGUGGCUUUAAGGUUCAGAUCCACCUUAAAAUCAAGGAGAAGCCGCACCCUCUGGUAACCAAAGUUGGUAGCAACAGCCCUGGACCUCCAGGGAGAAGUUCCUUGGAGAUCCUUGGGUCUUUCCUCACUUCUCAGUCCCUGCCUGCCCCACACCGUGCGCAGAUCCUGGCCUUGGAGCACAUGGAUCCUGGAAUUGUUGCAGAGAACGUGAGUACUCUGACAGAGCAUCUUGCUGGCCAAAAAUACAGGUGUGAGGGUCUGCAGGCCCCUCCUGGGUCAUGGAACCAGAGCUCUGCCGAGGAAAUCCUAAUUACUGGGGGGAAAUGGCAGCUGGAGCCCCUUGGGAUCUGCUCAGGUUCUGAAAAGCUGGGAAUGCUGAGCUCUCCCAGCAGCAGUGGGGGGCGAGUGCAGGGGGAAAGGAAAAUUCAGCUGGAGCUGCUCUGUGCCUCCAGGUGCAGCUGCAGGACAGGAAUGAGGGGCUGCACCCACAGGAGGAGAUGGGGAAGCUGUCUGGCUCCAAGACAGAUUUUCCAACCAGGAUGGUCCUCAGUGAAGAGGAAAAGCUGAAGAUUUCCAAAGACCUCGUGGAUCUCCAGAUCGAGACRAACAAAAUGAAGGAGCGCUAUGAGACGGAGAACUUCAAACUGAAAAACACGCUGCAGGCCCUGGAGAGGCGGGUGCAGGAGCUGGAGCUGCGCAGUGCCAGGGUGACAGAGGAGAGAGAUUCCCUGCGGCAGCGCCUGCACAGCCUGGAGAGCAGCCGGCAGCAGCUGGCCGAGGAGUUCAUCAUCCUGAAAAGCAAUCACCUGGCCCUGGGCAAGGAGCUGGACCAGGAGGUCUUGAGGAACGAGGAGCUGASCCAAGAGCUGCUCAGCCUGGCCAAAGGGAGCAUCCACCCCCCUGGCUUAGCCCAUCCAUCCUCCCCCAAGCUGGGAAGAGGGAGAGCAGCGGGACAGCCUCRCUCUGCUCCAAGGGGGAAGCAGCCCGAAGACACAGCUGCCUCUGCCCAGGAGCAGCAGGAGCUGGAAAGAAACUUGCUUGGAAACCAGGAUCACAUAGAAGUGGAGCUUGAGAAGCUGAAGAAAACCCASGAUGAGCAGCAGCAGAAGCUGGAGGAGCAAGUGCUGGCGCUGGGGAAGGAGCUGCAGGACGCAAAGGGAGCAAUCGGGGACACGCGGAACAGGCUGGCGGAGCAGUCAGCGGUGCUGCUCACGUCCCAGAACCAGCUGCAGGAGGUGGAGGCGGAGAACGCGCGGCUGCAGCUGCGGCUGAAGGAGCUCAAYGAGGAAUAUCGGGCACGGCUGGCGCGGUACAUCGGGGACGUGGCGAAGUACAUGGACAGCAAAGCCAGCAGUGUGCCAGGACACAGCAAGGCCCCGGCCRGCCAGGCUGCCAUGAAGCUCUUUGUGGACAGGAUGCUCAGGGAUAUCCGUGCUUCCUACAAAUCCCGGGAGGAGCAGCUGGCUCGGGCAGCGCGUGGCUACAGGAAACGCCUGAAGGACUUGGCCAAGAAGCACGAGAACCUUCUGAUCGCCUAUGGGUGACCAGAGCCAGCGGCUCCCAGGGAAUGGCAGCUCCAGGAGGUGCCCAGGGCUCCCAGAGGAGCAGGGACUGACCCCAGUGGCUCRUUCCAGGCUGCAGCGGGAGCAGCUCCGCUCCCUGGGGAGCAGCUCCAUGGAUUGUGGUCCUGCCGARCUCCACUUUGCCAUCACAGACACGGAGCUGCUGACAAACAGCUCCCGGGAGCUGAACCGGCUGCGCGAGGAGAAGGCGAAGCUGGAGAGGCAGCUCUGGGAGCUGGAGAAGAAAAGCCUGAAGGAAGCCUCUGCCUUCCCAGUGCCUCGAGAGCAGAGGAGCUGGAGCAGCAGAGAAGCCAGCUGCUGGCUCGGGCAGUGGUGGCAGAGGAGCAGGUGUCAGAGCUGCAGGAAUACAUCGAUCAGCACCUUGCCAGGUACAAGCAGGAGAUCCUGCAGCUGAGGAGCGCUGAGGGCAGCGAGGUGCCCCACGCCCCCGGGGCCAGCACCGGCCACCAGCCAUAGCAGAGCCAACCUUGGGGACAGCAGCGUUCCAGGRGAGGAGCUCUGUGCUCCAUGGAGUGCCAGGAAAGGAUCCUCCCCUGCCUGGGAGCUGCCAACAGGAGGGAAACACUUGGUGCUCCUGGUCUSAGUUUCACAGGACUGAAAUGUCACAACUGUGUCAGUCUGUCCCUGUCCUGCUGUCCCCGGCCAUCCACCGGUGCAGGAAUUCUGCUCUUCCCUGAGCACACCCCGGACACGGGACUGGCUCCCAGGCAGCUCUUCACUGCUGGUUUGCUCCUGCUCCUGCUGUAGCAUUUCUCCUGGAUGAGAUCUGGAUCUGGACCAAGGGCUGCUCCCACCUCA